AUGGCCAGCCAUACGCAGACCGAGAUGAACUCGCAUUCGUUGAAGCACCGUUCGACUGCGCCGGUGACGCCGACGAGCCAGAAGAAGGGCAAUUUUCUGAGUCGGCAUCUGGGACGGAAUCGGCGGCGGUCGAGUGUGUCGAUGCCGAAUGGAAAGCACAUCUCUCCGCCGGAACAACAGCAUCAUGCUCAUCCACCGGCGCAUCACCCGAAAGAUGCCACCAGGAAAGGAUCCGUGACUGCGCCAACUGAGGAGCCGGUCCCGGAGAAUACUACGGCCACUACCAAGCCCGCAGAUGGAUCAAAUAGCGUGGCUCCUUCUACCGAACCAAGGGAGAGCAACGAUGACUCGGAGUUCGAACCGGCCAAAGAGAGCAUGGACGAUGAGGUCGACGAGAACGGACAGGUGAGCGCAGAAGGGGAGGAUGACAGGGAAGGCGGAGUGGGGCUGUCACUCAAGGAGUCUCAGUCACCACGCGUAGACUCGAAGCAGAGCGGAGUGAGAUGGGCACCUGGAUUCUCAGACGAACUACGAACCAGACCAAGACGAGCCAGUUCUGCUGGUACGACCGGCACUAGGCGUGGCUCGAUCUACUUGCGCGGCACCGAUGGCUAUCACAUCGAGGGUGUCGAUGCGGGUGCAGGUUCCAAAGCUCGAAUGCUUUCGGUGAAUAUCCCAGAGCAGAUGGAAGUGGGCGAAUGCACUCUGGCAGAGCAUUUCAGCGUCUUUGCGAGAGCAGGGAAGAAAGAUAUUGGUGAAGGCGGCGCGGCUGUCGUUCGCCUGAUGCAGAGCAAGACUGCUGGCACUGGCAAGGACAAGGUGUUCGCGGUCAAGGAAUUCCGAGAGUGGGAUCGCGAAGAGGAAAGCGAGUCCGACUACAUCCGCAAGAUCAAGAGCGAGUAUGCGAUUGCGAAGUCUUGCUCCCACCCGAACAUUGUCGAGACGUACCGGCUGUGUACCGCUGACAAGGCGACAAAGUGGUUUCAUGUCAUGCAGUACUGCGAGAACGGCGACUUGAAUGACCUCAUCAAUGGAGGCUACUUCAGCGAUGUGGAUAGGAAUUGCAUGUUCAAGCAGCUCCUGCGAGGAGUGGACUAUCUCCACAAGUACGGCAUCGCGCAUCGAGAUCUCAAGUCGGAGAACCUGCUGGUCACCAAAGACGGCUGUCUGAAGAUUGCGGAUUUCGGCACUGCUGAAGUCUUCAGCGGCACCCACCCAGGCCUACGAGGCUGCAGACGACCAAGUCUCACAGGCGAAGACGCCGAGAUCCGGCUCUGCAAACCCGGCCUCGUCGGCAGCAGACCCUACAUGGCGCCUGAAAUCAUCAAGCACGACGAAGACUACGACCCCCGCGGUGUCGACGUCUGGUCCUGCGCCGUCGUCUACCUCACCCUCUGCAUCGGCGGCACGCCCUGGGAAUGCGCGUCCACGGAUGUGAAGAACUACAACAUCUACUGUAACACAUGGGACGAGUGGUUGCUUCGCUAUCCCGACGGCAUUGUCAAGGAAGGCCGGCCGCUGCCAUCUUUCGCCAGCACGAGGCAGUUUGCGCAUCUCGGGGAUGUAGCGACCAAGACCAUGAUUCUGGGGAUGCUGCAUCCGGACCCUUCGAAGCGGUGGUCGACAAAGGACGCUCUGGAGACCAAGACAGUGACCGAGUACCCCUGCUGCCAGCAAGAAGGCUACAGCGACGACAUCAAAACCCGACAGCGCAAAGCCGCGCACAACCACGCCCCGCCAAAGCCAGCGAAAGGGUCCAAGUUCUUGAAACCCGGCAAAUGA